CAAAUGUUGGUAGUUUCAAAUUUUUUAACCUUAAAAAACACCCAUAAUUUUUACUUUCCCACAAAAAAAACACUUAUCUUUUACAUAGUCACCAACAAUGGGAGAUUCGAAAAAAACAGCCCCUUGUGUGUACAGUCGGGACAACGACAAGUGCCAAGAUGAGAAAUUGCUCCAACCAUUCACUUACAUCAUGCAAACCCCGGGGAAAAACAUCCGGUCGAAAUUAGCGCGAGCUUUCAAUUAUUGGUUGAAUAUUUGCGAAGAGAAAUUAAUAGCGAUUGAGGAGAUUGUUGAAAUGAUGCAUAAUGCUAGUCUUCUUUUAGAUGAUAUCCAAGAUAACUCAAUAUUGAGAAGAGGUGUACCUGUUGCUCACUCGAUCUACGGGGUGCCAAGCACCAUAAACGCUGCCAAUUAUGUAAUUUUUAUUGCAUUGCAAAGAGUUUUAGAACUGAAUCAUCCUGAAGCUGUAAAUGUGUACACACAACAAGUUUUGGAGCUUCACAGAGGUCAAGGCAUGGAAAUUUAUUGGCGAGAUAGCUACACAUGUCCUACAGAAGAUGAGUACAAACAAAUGACGAUUAGAAAAACUGGGGGCCUUUUUAUGCUAGCAAUUAGAUUAAUGCAACUUUUCAGUGAAAAUAAGGCUGAUUAUACUAAACUUACGGGGAUUUUGGGAUUGUUUUUCCAAAUUCGGGACGACUUUCUAAACCUAUAUUCUAAAGAUUAUAUGUUACACAAGAGUUAUUGUGAGGAUUUAACAGAAGGCAAAUUUAGUUUCCCCAUAAUUCACGCAAUUCAUAGCCAACCACAUGAUAAUCAAGUUAUUCAUAUUUUAAGGCAAAGAACCAAAGACAAUGAAGUGAAAAAAUACUGUGUUUCGUUGCUAGAAAAAUAUGGGAGUUUCGACUAUACCAAAAAAGUGUUGGCAGAACUGAAACAAGAAGCCCAAGAUGAAGUGAAUAAGUUAGGCGAAAACCCGUACAUGGCAGAAGUGAUGGAAUACAUCUUUAAGUUAGAGUAAUUUUUUCAAGAUAAGAUAAAAUUAUUGUGAUAUGUAUGUUAAGUUGCUUUAAAUAAACACUAUUUCAUGAA